AAAAGCCAUAAACCAGCCAAAGAAAAGCUCCUAUCCUCAAGACCUUUGUGGAUUACUUUGUCCUACUAUUACCUGUUAACUAUACUAUAGAUAUAUUUAUUUAUUUAUUUAUUACCUACUUGCAUAUCUUCGAUAACAAUCGAGCCAACUUGUCUAUUAACUACAAGAAUACAUCUGGCUGACUUGUGGGAGCAUAUUUAAUGCAUAAAGGGUUACAUGUGAAGUAGCUAUAAUACACUCCUGCGCUUCUUAUCUUAUCAGUGUUGUUCCAGAGUGAUUAUUGUUUCUGUUGCUGUGUUAUACUGCCCAGUUUUUCCACGAAGCAUUUCAGCAGAUAGAUACCUAUCUCCCUGUCCCCCAAGAUGGACUGGUUGACUGUUUAAGUACAUGCUUAUUGGUUGACUGUCUCUUUUUCUAGCUGAAUGUCUGGCUGCAUAAGGUUGUUGUUGACUCGCUGGUUGACUGUCUCUCUGUCGGUCUGUCCGUCUGUCUAGUUGACCAACCAGUUGACUGGCUGUCCAACUGAAUUGCUGUAAAGCUGGCUGACGAGCAGGCGAGCAGGUUGGCUUGCUGGCUGUCCUGCUUGCUGGCUUGGUAGGUAAUAGGAGUGCCCAUCUGAAGAGUUUUAUGGCACUCACCACGGUUCAAAGUCUGCGUGCGGACCUCUGUCAGCCAGGGCUGUGUGGUCCGGCUGCCUCUCUCUCUCUCUCUCUCUCUCCCUCUCUCUCUCGCUCGCUGUCUCUCUCGCCGUGUCAGUGCUCGGGCUCCUGUCCCCUGCUGGUAUGAGGAUCCUCGUGUCCCCUUAGCCAGCAUGGAUCUAUGGGAUUAUGAUGUGGAGCUUCCCCAGCCUCUAGCCCACCCCCCAGCCAACGACCCCCAUGAGCUGCUGUACCUAGAGAGGACGUCUAAGGAUCUGGAGAGAGAGCCUGAGAGCAGGGCAGAGAUCGAGGGGAGCUGUCCAGUGUGUGGAGAUCGAGUAUCUGGCUACCACUACGGACUGCUCACCUGUGAGAGCUGCAAGGGGUUCUUUAAACGGUCAGUGCAGAACAACAAGCACUACAGCUGCUCGGAGAGACAGAGAUGUCCCAUGAACCCCUCCCAGAGGAAGCGCUGUCCCUUCUGUCGCUUCCAGAAGUGCUUAGCUGUGGGUAUGAAGCGAGAGGCUGUGAGAGCAGACCGCAUGAGGGGUGGCAGGAACAAGUUUGGCCCCUUCUAUCGCAGAGACCGGCAAUUAAAACAGCAGGUCUAUUAUCAACCAAGCACUGCCCCCUACAGAGUCAAAGCAGAGACUACCCCAACGCACCAGCCAACGCCCCAAAGUGACCAUCUGAUGAUCAAUCACCCGCUCGUUCCAUUUUCCUCAGAGCCUUUCUACCAGCCCCAUGUGGUUUAUCCCUCUGGCCUGGGCCACCAGUCAGAGGCCAUCAUGCCCCAGGACUGCAUUCGGAACACAGUCACGGGACUAGCAGCACUGCCCUUCACUGGAUUGUAUCAACCCAACAUGCGUGAGUUCCCUCAGGAGAAAACAGAAUACCCACUUGGCUCUAGCUUAACCCUGGUGAACUCAAUGUCGUCCUCCAUGGCCGGUGAUGGCUUCCUACCCUCGAGCCCAGCAAUGUCAGCCUCCAACUCCACGUCAAGUUCAACAGCUUCCACGCCGGUUCCCUUUCCGUACACGUCCGUCGAGGACCCCUCGGAAGACUUCCUCGCCCAGCUCUUAAAUGGGGAGCCCGAGGAAGGCCAGCUGUGUGCCAAGGUCCUGGCCUCCCUGCAGAGGGAACAGGCCAACCGAGGCAAACACGACUGUCUGAACACCUUCAGCAUCAUGUGCAAAAUGGCCGACCAGACACUCUUUGGCCUUGUGGAGUGGGCCAGGAACUGUGCUUUCUUCAAGGACCUCAAGGUAGAAGACCAGAUGGCGCUGCUGCAGAGCUGCUGGAGUGAGCUGCUUGUGUUAGACCACCUGAGUAGACAGGUGACCUAUGCGAAGGAGGGCUGCAUCUACCUGGUCACUGGGCAACAGAUAGAGGUGUCCACUGUGCAGUCCCAGGCAGGGUUGACCCUGAGCAGCCUGGUGUCAAGGACCCAGGACCUGGUGUCCAAGCUGAAGGCCCUUCACCUGGACAAAGAGGAGUUUGUCUGCCUCAAAUACCUAGUUUUAUUCAACCCAGACGUGAAGUCCAUCCAGAGCCGCAGGCAGGUGGAGAGGACCCAGGAGCAGGUGAACCGAGCCCUGAUGGAGCACACGCAGCGCAGUCAGUCCGACAAGUUCGGCCAGCUGCUGCUUCGUCUGCCCGAGGUGCGCAGCAUCAGCCUACAGGUUGAGGAGUACCUGUACCAGCGGCACCUGCUCGGAGACCUGCCCUGCAACUCCCUGCUCACGGAGAUGCUGCAUACCAAGCACAGCUGAGGCGGUGGAAGCGCACGUUCCCCUUGGGAACCCGAGGUCACCGACUGCAGCGCACGUUCACACACACACACACAAGCAUACCUCUGGAUAGGUGUUUAGCACAGCUUUUUAUUAGCUGCAAUUUGAUUUAAAUCUGUCGAUUCUGUAGAAUAGGUUAAUUCCUUAGCCUAACGCUGUUUUAGCACCAAGAAAAUAAUAUAUAUCGUUAUCCAGGCCAUUUUAUGUUUUUUAAUUUGAGCCAUGUUUUGGAGUGUUGCGAACCACAGCCAUUGCUUUGUCGAUGUUUGUGUCCACGUGGGCAGUCUUUGGUCAAAGGAAUUUCUAUUUGUCAAACUGUAAAUAUAUCAGCAUUUGCCUUGCAGUAUUCAACAGAGCCCCCUGACGAUAGUAUAGUUGAACGACGUAUGCCUAUAGCAUUUAAUAUAUUUCAGAAAGGUUUUGAGCCAUCAGUUCAACCAGAAUGUUUUACAUUCCAUGUUUUAGUAUUAUAGUAUUAACGUAACAAUAACAUCUGUUGAUAUUUCAUUCAACCUUCUUCUAACUACAGACAAGUAAGCCGUUAGCGAAAAAUAUGGAAUGUAAAUAAUGGGUUAAUAAACUCAAAAUGGAUGUAACAGAGAUGAUUUAAAAAGGAUUCUUUAAUUUUUGUGGUCCAGUUUCCAGGAGAAAAAAAAGAGGAUUUUUUUCAGUUGAAAUAACAUGAAAUGAACACAGCCACUCUGGUACCUCAGACAUGACACAGCAAAAUAAUAAGAAUGGGUUACAACAUGAAUUCUAUGAAAUUAGGAAGAGUGAAUCACCACGGCGGAAAAAUAAAAGGACAUAAAUAAUAGAGUCUGAACAUACACAUCUAAUCCACCAUCUAAUCCAUACCCAAUAAAUAAACCCUGGUGGAACAUGGAACUAUUGCACAGAUUGUGUUCACCUACCAUAGAUUUUCUUCUUUUUACAAACAAUUAUAUACAAACAUCUCUACUUCCGUACACACUGGAUCACACCAUAGUAACCACCUCAGUUUUUCAAAAAAAAAUCCUUACCAUGGCCCCCCAGAUAAUUUCUACAGCACUAAAAAUGUAUCUCAUUUCAACUCUAUACAUCGAUUGGCGGCAGUAUGAGAUGUUAAAGUGGCAUGGGAUGCAGGACUGCGGUCUAACACCCACCUCCUGCAGUGCUUAGGAAGGCAAAAAGGGAGGGGGGGGCUUGAUUUUUGUGGCCAUGAUGCCCUGUUGCACAGAGCAAUUCAUACGUUCAAUAGUUAUUUCCCCCAAUCGGAUGAGCAGAAUGGCG